AUGAAUCCAUCGCUCCUUGAAAAAGAGUUGUUUGACUACGAGGGGCGAGUUCGCAUCGAGAAGCACGCGCGGGAGCUAACAGACAGGAAUGCUCGGUACUUUGCAGAUAACCCAGAGGUUACACCUGUGCUACGUGACAUUCUACAGCACUUGCUCAUCCAUAAGCCGGAGGACCCAUUGGCGGCAAUACAGGAAUACGCUCGCGCCCGCCUCCCGCCUGCAAUGAGAUGA